AUGACAUCGUCUUCGGCUCACAAUCCCAGAGCUAAUGUCUUUAUUAUUGUGAAUUUGGGCUGUGAAAUGCUCUACGUAAUUGAGCAACGUUUACAGGCCCAAAAGAUUGCCAAAGAAAAGUCAAUACAAGUUCUACAUGACAUAACCUCUGUGUUGUUGGAACCCAAGUUCCUAAACUCCCUGAUUGUGGGCUCCACAACCGUCGGUGGCCAAUGUCUGACAGAGGACAAUUGUAAAUUUAUGCUAAAGGAUAUUGCCACUUGUUCGCUAAUGCGUCUGGAUGAUGUCUCAAUGGGAAAGCUAUGGAACCUCAUGACCAUGAUAUAUAAAUGGCAGCUAUUCCACACCAAAUAUCAAUAUCAGCUGAUGGAUAUUACAUUUCGUCACUUGGCCGGUGUUAAUCUCCUAUAUCCCAAUGAGAAACAUUCCCAAUUAGUUGAUGUGGCCAAAAAUAGGUUAUUGGAUUUUUGGAACUCUUGCUCGGAUGAGGAACAAAAUAAUAUCUAUUAUACAAAUAAGCUAUGGCUGGAGCCGUAUCAUACGAAAAUUUCGCUACUCAUACGUUUGGGUUUCCAGGCAAUGGAUGGUACAUUUUUCAUAGAUGUGGAUCAGUCAUAUUUUAAUGAUUUCAAAGAAACGAUUGGUGAUAACAUCUAUGCCAAAAGUACGGAAAUUGCCCAGCUAAGGAGACAAGAAUUGGCACCAGUGUCCACCUCAGCUAGCUGCGUUAAUCAAUUGGCUGAUAUGUUAAGUUAUGCUCCAACAGCAGCUGGAGUUGCUGGCGCAGGAGCUGUGGGCGAUUUGGAUGUUAAUUCGCCAAAUGCUGGCAGCAGCACACACAGUGGUGAAAGACCUGCAGGUGGUGGGGGGUUUGUCAAUUUGAAUGCCACCUAUAACCGCCAAAGUUUGGACACAACAAGACCAGCAUCUUCAUCAUCUUCCGUUGCCCAAAGGCAAAUGCAAGUCAAUGAUAGUUGGAAUAAAUUGAAUUUAAACUAA